AUGUUUCACGCAUUUAAAGAAUGGUUCUGGCAGGAAGGAUUCUGGCUUCCUCCAACAAUAAAGUGGUCAGAUCUUGAUGAUCACGAUGGACUCGUCUUUGCCAAACCUUCUCAUUUGUAUAUGACAAUUCCAUAUGCUUUUCUCUUGCUGAUCGUCAGACAUUUCUUUGAAAAGUUUGUUGCCUCACCUCUAGCAAAAACAUUUGGCAUUCAGAAGACAACUCGAAAAAUUGUGCCCAACACCAUCUUAGAGAGCUUUUUCAAGCACUCCACAAAGCAACCGUCACAUAUUGAUAUCUAUGGACUGGCAAAGAAGUGUAACUUGACCGAGCGCCAGGUUGAGAGAUGGUUUAGGGGUCGGCGGAAUCAAGAGCGACCUUGCAGAACGAAGAAAUUCCAGGAGGCCUGCUGGCGGUUUGCGUUUUAUUUAAUGAUCACUAUUGCUGGAGUGGCAUUUCUUUAUGAUAAACCGUGGGCAUAUGACCUCUGGGAAGUUUGGAAUGGCUAUCCCAGGCAGCCCUUGCUGCCAUCCCAGUACUGGUACUACAUUUUAGAAAUGAGUUUUUAUUGGUCUUUGUUGUUUAGUCUCGGCACUGAUGUCAAGAGAAAGGAUUUUCUAGCUAAUGUCAUCCACCACCUGGCUGCUAUUAGUUUGAUGAGCUUUUCUUGGUGUGCUAAUUACAUCCGAAGUGGGACCCUCGUGAUGCUUGUGCACGAUGUGGCUGACAUUUGGCUGGAGUCUGCUAAGAUGUUUUCUUACGCUGGAUGGAAGAAAACCUGUAACACCUUGUUUUUCAUCUUUUCCUUCAUAUUUUUCAUCAGCCGCCUCAUUAUUUUUCCUUUCUGGAUUUUAUACUGCACCCUGAUUCUGCCUCUGCACUACCUUGAGCCUUUCUUUUCAUACAUCUUCAUCAACCUACAGCUCAUGGUCUUGCAGGUCCUUCACCUGUACUGGGGUUAUUUCAUCCUGAAGAUGCUCAAAAGAUGUAUAUUCAUGAAG